AUGGCCAAUCUCACCAUGUCUGUGACUGAAUUCACCCUCAUGGGAUUUUCAGACAUCUGGGAGCAGCAAGUCCUCCAUGCUGUGCUGUUCUUACUUAUCUACCUGACAGCUUUGGUGGACAACUUUCUCAUUGUUCUUCUUACCACCUUGGAUCAGCAUCUCCACAGUCCUAUGCACUUCUUCCUGAGGACACUGUCAUUAUUAGAUAUCUGCUUCAUCUCUGUCACUGUUCCCAAGGCCAUCAUUCAAUCUUUGACCCAGAAUAGUUCCAUAUCAUUCCUUGGGUGUGUGGCACAAGUCUUUCUGGUUGUUUCCUUUGCUUGUGCAGAGUUGGCUUUGCUCACAGUGAUGUCUUAUGACCGUUAUGUGGCCAUUUGCCAGCCCCUGCAUUAUCAGGUCAUCAUGAAGAAAGCACACUGUGAGCAAAUGGUGUUUGCUUCAUGGCUCAGUGGGAUUAUCUCCGGGUUCUUGAAUACAUCUGUGACCUUCUCAUUACCAUUUUGUAGGUCAAAUUUUGUCCAUCAGUUCUUCUGUGAGAUUCCUUCACUGCUCAAACUUUCCUGCUCAGAGAAGUACCUUGCUGAGAUUGGAGCCAUAAUUGUCACAACAUCAUUGGGUAUCAUAUGUUUUAUUUCAAUUCUGGUUUCUUAUAAGCAAAUCUUCUCUACAGUUAUGAGGAUCCCAUCAGUGAAAAGCAGGUCAAAAGCCUUCUCAACAUGCAUUCCUCAUCUUGUGGUUGUUACUGUUUUCCUCAACACAGGGUCCAUUGCCUAUCUAAAACCAGUGUCAGAGUCUCCUUCUGUUUGUGAUCUGAUGGUGUCUGUUUUCUACACUGUGGUGCCACCAACACUUAAUCCCAUCAUUUACAGCCUGAAGAACAAGGACAUGAAAGCUGCCUUCUCUAAAAUGCUGAAGAGACUAUCUUCAUACAUAAUGACAAGAAAAACCACAACAAAAACACAUACUGUGCCUUCAGACAAACAUGAGGCCACUUCAGUUAACAGCAAUAGGCUUCCUGCUAUUUAA